AUGUAUCGGCUGGCACAAAGAUGGAUCGGAACUGAAGAUCUCCCGGAUAUUACUAGUAGGAAAGCUUUGGAUUUCUGAGUAAUUAACGUACUUUUUAAUUUUAAAUUGCAAUCACUUUAGAUGUCGUUGUUGCCCUUCUUUCAAUCAUCUCCAUCCUCUGGAAUUUGAUUGUAUGUGGAAACAGAAAAAAUAAAGAAAACCCCACAGAACAAACGCUAGAAGAGAAGAAAAGAAAGCACAAAAAGAGGCAUAGAGAUCAUGGAUCAGAUCGGAAAAAAACGAAGAAGAGUGUAAGCAGUCAAAAACAAACAUUUUGAUAUGCAAAUUGGAAUGUGAUGGGAGAAGAUGAUGGCCCUUGAAAAUGCCUUUUAAACUGUGAUGCAGUUUAUAUUCGGAAAUUUGAUUACUUUUUUAGGAGAAGAGGGGUAAGAACAGGAAAAGAGGACCUUCCCAUAAGGUGAAGGACGUGGACAAGAGUGCGGUGAGUGCUCAUGAGCUCGUUAUUUCCUCAAGGACUACUCUUUCUAACUUGUUUUAUCAUUUAAAGGUCAUAUUUCUCUCAUCUUCCAAUCAAUCAUUGUCUCAAUUUGUGCCCGAAAAAUCAGAAAAAUCAAAGAAACUCGAGGAUGAGAUGAAUGUGAAGCUGAGUGAGAAGAAGGGAGGUCAUGCUUUAGUAGAUGAAGACAGCUCCUUAAAAUCAACAUCCCAAUCUGCGGCCAAUGCUCCCAAACCAAAGACACAAGUCUACGAUGACAAACAAGAACUGAUAAAAGCGGGAAGGGUAGCCAAGAAAGGAGAUUAUCCUACUGUAGGUUAGGUCAUAUUGUUUUAGAUGAAGUUUGGUUCAAAUAUUACAAACUUUUUUUAUUGUAGAUGGAUGAUAUUAAAUCUGAUUGGGAAGCGACUGUAAAUAAGGAAGACAAUGGGGCGACCAUUGAGAAGAAGGAGAGAACCAAUGAGUAG